AUGGGUAUUCCAUCCUCAUUGCCCACAAACCCUAACCCCAGCCCCAGUCCGUCACUCUCUCAGUCACCGCCACCACAAAUGCCGCCAUUACCUCAAUCGCCACCACCUCAGUCACCACCACUACCCCCAAGCCAAAUACCACCUCUCAUUCCAUCGACUCCCCUCUCGCCGCAAACUGAACCGCAAAAUGAAACACCAAUUCUCGACACCCAUUCCCCAGAACCAGUGCCUGAGCCUGCGCCUACUCAAGCGAAAACUAAAGACAAAACUAAAAGGGCUGCAGGUAGACCCAAGGAAACCCCUGUCGGAAAAUGGAAACGAGUACCCUCUAUUCCUUUCGACCUAAAUUCUCCACCUCACCGCCCUUCCGAACUACCAAAGAAAAGGACUGUGUCUUCCUCGCAAACACCAAAGACCAGUGGUCCAAUCACCAAGACUCGCCUCCCUUACACUCUCCAGCACCUGCGUCAUCUGCCGAUAAUAUAG